CCGCGGAAUGCCGUGUAUGGGGUGCUGCUCAUUAUAUCACAUUCGAUGGCCACACAUACGAUGUCCAGACUGGUUGCUGGCAAACCUUAGCUUUGUUAUACGAUGGAAUAGACGGCCAUGAUCAUCCUAUCUUCAGAGUGAAUGUCCAUCUUUUAACAGGGGACCAUGAGGUGGAUUCGGAACAUGAACAUGGAGGAGGAGAUCCAGAAUGGCCUGGUGAUGUUUCGUAUAUAAACACAGUGGAAAUUGAAUUGGGUCAACAUAUGUACAGUAUAAAUAUUCAGAUGACACUAGAAUCUAUAUCACUUCCUUAUUACGAAGAGACUGAAUUUGUUCCUGUUGAUGGACCUUGGACGAUAUUUAUUGACGAAUAUGACGAAACGGUUUACAUAACCGUAUGGCCAGUUGGGUUUGAACUGUCGUUUAACGGAAGGGGUACAGGUCGAGUACACUUCAAGAUACCUCAAAGCUACAAAGGCAAAGAAAUAUCAGGAAUGUGUGGAAACUUUAAUGGUGAUCCUGAUGAUGAUUUCCCAGAAUUUAUAAGGAAUUAUGUCAACCCUGGAAGAGUCUUUGGAAUGAUCCAUGGUUCCCUUUGUGAUAUUGAGGGAGGACUCUCUGAAGAAUUAUGGUUCGAUAACUGUGGUUGUCCGGGAACAGACAAUUGGGAUAUACCUUGGAAUAAUCCAAAUCAGGAAUUCGACGCCGGCGCUUUUAUGACAGCGCGGAUGGCGUGCAAUCUGAACGACGUAUGCUUUGGUAAAAGAAUCGAACACAAACCAUUCAAAACAAGAAGUUGUGUCAUGGAUAUAUACAGUGCACCGACAUUAGAUACGAAAUGUGAGGCAAGGGCUGAUGUUGCAAAGGCGUGUGGAAAAAUAAUGAAGCAUUGUCAUAUUGAUGGAAGUUGUAUUGGUAGUAUAUGUUACAAUGGAGGCUGGCACAAAAGAUAUUACAAUGGCAAGAAAACGGUAUGUGGUUGCAUCUGCGCACCAGGAUAUACUGGAAAUGACUGUUCAAUGAAGAAGGGUGAUGACGAAGACAUGGUGAUGUGUCGAGGAUGGGGAGAUGUUCAUUACAUUACAUUCGACAAGAAAAAUUACGACAUGCAGGGUGACUGUAAAUACUAUCUUGUAAAACCCACUACAAAAAUGCUGAAAAGUGAGCUGAAAUUUAGCAUUCAGGCCAAAAACAAAAAAUCACACAAGGGUGCGACGGUUUCUACCACCGAUUAUGUUGAGCUACAUUUGACUAAAGACGUCUUCAGAAUCAGUCAGGGAAAAAUUGUAUCG